GACCCCUCCAAAUUCUCUUCUCACAAGCACUUCAUUCUCCCCGCCGCAGGUAUUUCCAAAGCACAACCCAGGACCCCACACCAGUAGGUUGGCAAGAAGUUCUAUUACUUCCUUGUGUAACGGCGAGGGCAGGCAAGGCCGACGAUGAGACUUUCUUACUUAUUCCCCUACUUGGCUUUGCCAGUGUUCGUACUUGCACAAUCUGCUCAGGUGACGACUUCCUGGGUCGUGCAGCAAACUGUGGGUUCAAACCAGCAAACUAGCACCAUUUCGACACCCACGGUCAUCACCAUCGGUCCAACAACCAGCCUGACGAGUUCAGGUUCGGCGUCACCCACUGGUAACAGUACAACUGCAAGCGGAUCGGGUUCGGGCAACGCGACCAGCACUACUGUGGCCAGUAGCAAUCUCCCGACGGCCCCUACCUCUGUUGCUGGUGCUAAUGGAGGCGGUUCUGGUGGAGGGGCCCCUAGUCCUGGAGCGUCGGCAGCAGGUGGAAUAUAUGGACCCCCCGACGGUUAUAUUGCCGGUGCAGAAGCCCUCAGGAGCGCCACUGUUUUGGGGGGCAUUGGAUUUGCAGUGGGUGUGGCAUUGACGUUCGCAUAGACUUGUGGUUUGGCUCUUCUGGAUGGUGUUGAUGUUGGACAUGACCCAGGAAUUCGUGCUUUCUCCUUUUCACCAUCUUGUCAAUGGACUCAUCCGGCGCUGACGGACUGUCUCGCACAUACGUUUACCAUAUAUCCUGCAUCUGCACGGCUUAGUUCGUCGACACGCUACACUUAUUUUUCAGACAAUUAUCCAAGGACUUCGUGCAGCCAAUGAAUAUUUAAUACUUGUUAAUUGAGCCUGUGCUUAUGUAACGUGUAUGAUAUCAAA